ACCCACCCCAUCCAUAGUCAAACCUACAUUUCGCUUUGUUCGUAAACCACUCCUCCCUCUCUCUCUCUCUCUCUCUCUCUCUCUCUCUCAACAAUGGACUCCACCGCAACUGAAAUCACUCACGACUUCCCCCCCUUCUUCCAGGUACACAAAGACGGCACCAUCGACCGUUUCGGCCGCAAACCCGAAUUCGCCCCGCCCUCCGACGAUCCUCAAUCCCCGGUCCGAUCCAAAGACGUCCUUAUCUCCCCCGUAACCGGCGUCUCCGCACGUCUCUACCUCCCCACCACCACCACCUCCCCCCUCCCCUCCCCACCCCAAAAGAAACUCCCCCUCCUCGUCUACGUCCACGGCGGCGGGUUCUGCCUCGGCUCCGCCUCCACGCCCAAGUUCCACCACUUCGUCACCUCCCUCGCCGCCGAAGCCAAUAUCGCCGCCGUCUCCGUCGACUACCGCCUCCCCCCGGAGCACCUCCUCCCCAUCGCGUACGACGACGCGUGGGAUGUUUUCAGGUGGGUUUUCUCUCACGAGUCUGGGUCCGGACCCGAUCCGUGGAUCAACGACCAUGUGGAUUUCACCCGCGUUUUCUUGGGCGGAGAGAGCGCGGGAGCCAACAUAGCGAACAACGUGGCAAUCCGGGCCGGGCCGGGCAGGUUGAAGGUUAAGGGGCUGGUUUUGAUUCACCCGUUUUUCGGUGGAAAAGAGGAGGAUAAGAUGUACAAGUUCAUGUGCCCGUCGAGUAGCGGGUUGGGCGACGACCCGAGGCUGAACCCGUCUGCCGACCCGGGGUUGCCGGGUAUGAUUUGUGAGAGGGUGCUGGUUUGCAUUGCGGAGAAGGAUUUCUUGAGGGAGAGAGGGUGGGGGUAUUAUGAGGCGUUGGGGAAAAGCGGGUGGGUCGGAGAGAGAGAGAUUGUGGAGUCCGAAGGAGAGGGUCAUGGGUUUCAUUUAUUUGACCCGGAUUGUGAGAAGGCUGCGGUUCUGCUGAAACGGGUUGCUUCUUUCUUGAAUCGGGUCUAGUUUGUAUUUUCUUUUUUAAAUAAGAGUGGUGCUAUUU